AUGUCCCACCACACUGGCGAGUCUACCGGCAGCGGCCUCAGGGGUGCCGCCGGCGCUGUUCAUGGUCUUGGAGAGACGAUUCGCGGCACCAUAAACACUGCAGCCGACACUGCAGUUGGUAGCGACGCCUCCAAGAACCAGGCCAUCAGAGACCGCGGCGUGGACGAGAUCAACACGGGCCGCUACCAUGGCACCGGUGCUGGUGUAACUCCCGCCGACACGGCCGCUGAGCGUCACAACCGCGCCGCCCAGGGCGAGUAUCCCAGCACAACAUCGACUGGUGCUACUGGCCUGGGCAGCAGCACUCACAACCCUACCACCACCCACACUGGAGCCUACGACACCACUGGCACCACCGGCCACACCGGCCACACCGGUCACACCGGUCACACCGGCCACACCGGCCACACUGGUUCCGGCUACGCUGCCCCUGGCGAAUAUGGCCACCCCUCGUCGACAAACGCUGGCCCUCACAGCUCAAACAUUGCCAACAGUGCCGACCCUCGUGUAGACUCUGAUCUUGACAGCCAUCGUCACGCUGGUUCCACUACCGGUGCUGGCUACGGUCACUCUGGCUCCACCACUGGUGGUGCUGGCUACGGCAACACUACCGGUACUGGCCACGGUCACUCUGGCACUACGGGCUCUCACUCUCAAUAUGAGGACCCUCGCUCUACCAACUCUGGUCCUCACGGCUCGAACGUUGCCAACAAGGCCGACCCUCGUGUCGACUCUGAUCGCGACAACCGUGAGCACCGCCGCGGCAGCGCAGCCACCGCUGGCCUGCAACCCACCGGUGGCCUGAGCGGUGGCACCAGCCGUCAGGACCUUGAGGGCAUCGACCCCACCGACAUCAAGGGCGGCUACACCACCGCCGAGACCACCACCGGCCACAGCGGCCAUGGCGGAAACACUGGCUUGCACGGCGCCCACGAGUCGCACGUCGGCAACAACCCCGACUCCAACAGCCACGGCCCUCACGGCUCAAAGAUCGCCAACAAGCUCGACCCCCGCGUUGACUCGGAUGCCGACAACCGUGCUCGCACUGGCAACCAGACCGGUGCUGUUGCUGGUCCCCACGGCUCGAACCUGGCCAACAAGGCUGACCCCCGUGUCGACUCCGACCUUGACAACCGCGCCCACCACCCCGGUGCUGGUACCACCAACACUCAUGGCUCGACCGCUGGUCACAACACCUACGGCUCGACUACCGGUCCCACCGGCACGCACGGUUCGACUGGUUACGGCAACACGUCGACGAACCACGGCACUCACGACUCCAACAUUGCCAACAAGGCUGACCCGCGCUUCGACUCGGACCGUGACGGUCGUGCUCACCACGACACCACUGGCACGUACGGCUCGACCACCGGUCCUACCGGCACGCACGGCUCGACUGGUUACGGCAACACGUCGACGAACCACGGCCCCCACGACUCCAACAUCGCCAACAAGGCCGACCCGCGCUUCGACUCGGACCGUGAUGGUCGUGCUCACCACAACACCACCGGUACGCACGGCUCGACGGGCUAUGGCAACACUUCGACCAACCACGGUACCCAUGACUCCAAUGUCGCCAACAAGGCCGAUCCCCGUUUCGACUCGGACCGCGACAACCGCGCCCACCACGACACCACUGGCGCUCACGGCGUCCACGGUGAUGACCACACCACCUCCAAGCACGCCAAGAACGACAGUGCCACCAACACGACGGAGUCCCACCCCAGCCACGGCACUGGCUUCGUUGGCAAGGUUCUCGACAAGGUUGAUCCCCGCGUCAAGAAUGCUUAA